CUUGAAUCAACCCUGGCGUGAUUGUUUUCUCCUAAAGAUUUUGUCCUUGAGUCUAUUGAAUUUCAAGGGCACUAUCUACGGAUUUCGUCUUUUUCGGUUCGGCAACACUGUUCGUGCUGUGGGACAGUUGACGUCGGUGGCCUACUCUGUACUCUCUGUGUUUUGCGGUUUUGUGCUUUUGUUAUUGUUGGUUGGAUUUUGUAUUGUUGCCGUUUACCGGUGUUUGGUUAUUCGUUCUUAAAUCGUUUUAAAACUUGAUACAUUGACUCAACCUUAGACUAUUAUUAGUCUAAGGGCUCGACAUAUCCGGUUUUUCUUUCAGCACCAGUAUUCAACAUAAAAAUGUCCAAAGGACUAGUGGAGAUCGAUGGAUCUGUGCUGGAAGGGGGUGGACAGAUCUUAAGAAUUGCCCUAACUAUAAGUGCAAUUAAAAAAAUCCCCAUUCGAGUAGUAAAAAUUAGGGCAGGAAGAAACAAGCCUGGUCUGAUGGAGCAGCACUUGAAAGGCCUCGAAUUAAUGCGCGAUAUGUGUAACGGUAGGUUGACUGGAGGACAUAUGGGUUCAACGGAGAUACAGUUUUGGCCGAACGAGCUUAAAGGUGGCACUUAUACUGCCAAAAUCAAAACUGCGGGUAGCAUCACUUUAUUACUACAGGUAGCAGUCCCAGCUGCCUUGUUUGCAGAUAGUGCGACUGUUCUGAAUAUAACUGGCGGUACAAACACAGAAAUGGCGCCUCAAAUUGACUUUUAUACAGAAGUGUUUCGGCCGAAUUUGGAGAAGUUCGGGGCAACAUUUGAUUUUGAACUGAGGAAAAGGGGAUAUUUCCCGAAAGGUAAUGGAGAAGUAUCAGUUACUGUAGAUCCAGUUGCACAUUUGAACCCUGUCAUUUUGACAGAAAGGGGAAGCAUAACUGAUAUUUAUGGAUGGUCGUAUACAGCUGGUACAGUUCCUAUCAGGCUAGCUUACCUUUUGGCAGAAAAUGCUGAAAAGCUACUAAAGGAAUAUGGCCAUGUGGCUAUACAGAAAUAUAAAGAAGAUCCUAAAGUUGCUCCAGACAAUUCAUCUGGAUUAGUUUUGGUUGCCGAAACGACUACUCAUUGCGUUCUCGGCGGCUCAGGCAUGUUUAGAAAAAAUGCCAAAGUUGAGGAAAUCGGCGAAGAGGCAGCAAACAAACUGAUCCAUACAAUCACCGAAGGAGCGUGCGUUGAUGAAUAUACUCAAGAUCAGAUUGUGAUUUUGAUGGCUUUGGCCAAAGGAGAGUCGAAAGUUCGCAUUGGAGCCGUGACGAUGCAUACCAAAACAGCCAUUUUUGUGAUUGAAUUGUUACUUCCUCAAGUGAAGUUUGAAAUAAUUCCCGACGGAAAAACAAACAUCCUAAAAUGUAAUGGCUGUGGAAACUAGAUUUGUUUUCUUAAAGUAUUACUGUAAAUGAUAUAUAAUUAUUAUAUCAUUUCUUCUUACGUUCAUGGAUGAAUUUUUUGUACACGUAAGGGAAGUUUAUUUCACCAUGCAAAUAAGAUGCAAUGUUUAUAGUUACAAUAAUAAAAACUGAGU